GGACUUUGCUUACUCAGUAUUGGAUGGAAGCUUAAUGUUUAAGCUACCAGACACUUUGUGGUUAAAAAGUCCUAUGCUGAUUCUCAGUAAAUUACAUGUUUCAGCAAAGAUAAGAUUCAGUUGCAGGCAAAUGUCAACAGAGUGCCUAGCGUAUGUCCUGUUGUACAGAGCUUCAGCUGCAAUCCAGUGAUAAAGUGCUGCAACACACCCAACACACUACAAGAUAUGAAAUAAGUAUUGAACAGUUGUGGAGAAAAAAAAAAAACAUUUGCUUGAUUCUUGACUGAUUUGGAACACAUUACUUAUUUGAGUAGCAGAAAAACAUGCAACUAAAACAGAGCAUGCAACACUACGAACAAAACAUCACUGGAAUACAAUUAAAGUGGUCUCUUGUAUAGCUGUGUAUGAUUUAAAGCUAGUGGACUACCUUAAAUGGGGAAAACCAGUCCCAGUAUGUCAUGUACAAACUGCACAGGAAAAUAAUGCAAUCAAGUAUACCAGCCCUGCAAAAAAUGCUAUGAACCUCACAAUACUAUUUUUUUCCUGUUUUGUUUGCAUCUGCUGUUAAGUAUUAGAGGAGGCUGUUGCAUGUUGGAUUGGAGCCACAGAGAUCUCCAGAUGUAGCAGUGCAAACACGUGGCAGCAUGCCUGAGGAUUACGGUUCACAGUGCUCUAAAUACGGUAUGUGUUUUGUACAGUAAAAUGGAAAGCCAAAGGAUGGGGAGGAUAAAGCAUCCACUCUCAGUGAAAGUUGUUGGUAGAUUGACGGCGAGGACAGCUAUGCUGAAGGGAUUAGUGAAGGGCCGUUUGCACUACAAUCUCUUCAGUCUAAUGGAUUAACACAACCACUACUGCCAUGUCUCAUCAGUCUAAUGAAUGGUCACUUUUGUUACUCAAGGGUGAAGCCUUAAGUUGUUUAAGAUAUUUUAAAUUUCUAACAGGGGAGUGGUAAUACAAGAAACGAUGACUUGCUCUUUAGGCACCUUCAGUCAAACACAGAAGCAACAGAUGUGUUUUCAUUAUAAUAUCGGGAGGAGGGGAAGGGGGGGGGAUUAAAUCGAAACACUGCUCGAGUGCUUUGCCAGUGCUUUUGCAUUGAUGGAAAGGGUUUCAGGGAGACUACCAGUCAUAUUCAGCGGCAUACAAAAGUAACAAUGGGUUUAUGAGUGCUCCAACAGGCCAAAGGGGAAGCAGCAAGAAAUACACUUGGAACUACAAGUUGCUCAAAAAGCUUUUUAGGUGUAGAGGGACUUCAAGGAAAAUAUCAACAGCUGACAUGAGGCUGUCCAGUGAAAGGAUCCGGGCCCGGAGGGCUGCGGAGCCAUCCGAACCAGAGCCAGAGGAAACAACAGAGCCAGUUCAUCAUGAGCACUCCCAUACAGAACACCAUGAGCAUUCUCAUUCAGAACAUCACCCCGGUCAUGACUACAACCACAUGAAGGAGAAGUUCAUGAAUGAACUUGGUCAUCUGCCAAUUCCAAUGUGGGCUGUAGGAGCCAUUGUUGUGGUGGUCCUCAUUUUGGUGGGAUGCUUCAUCUUCUGUGUUUUCAAAAAAUGCUUUGGGAAAAAGAAAAAGCCAAAGAAAGUUAGGGAGAGGAAGACAGGCCGCCGCAGAAAGGAAAAGGAAGGUGAAGGAGAGGCUGGAGAGAAGGAGGGGGAGGUGAAGAAGGAAGGUGAGGAAGAGGAGAAAGAGCAGGAAAAGUUGGGUAAGCUGGAGUUCACGUUGGACUACAACUUCACAGAUUCUCAGCUUAUAGUGGGUAUCCUUCAGGCUCAGGACCUGGCUGCUAUGGACAUGGGGGGAACCUCAGACCCCUAUGUCAAAGUCUUUUUGUUGCCAGACAAAAAGAAGAAGUAUGAGACCAAAGUACAGCGCAAGAAUUUAUGUCCUGUUUUCAACGAGACCUUCAUUUUCAAGAUCCCAUAUGCAGAGUUGGGUGGAAAGACUUUGGUGCUGCAAGUUUUUGACUUUGACCGUUUCUCCAAACAUGAUAUGAUUGGUGAGAUAAAGAUUCCCAUGAACAGUGUUGAUUUGGGCCAGCCCAUGCAACAAUGGAGGGACUUGGAGAGUGGCGAGAAGGAGGAGCAAGAAAAACUGGGUGAUAUUUGCAUUUCUUUACGGUACGUACCCACUGCUGGAAAACUGACAGUGAACAUCAUGGAGGCAAAGAACCUGAAGAAAAUGGAUGUCGGUGGCUUGUCAGAUCCCUAUGUGAAGAUUGUUCUGCAGCAAAAUGGGAAACGGAUAAAGAAGAAAAAGACAACAGUCAAGAAAAACACACUCAAUCCUUACUUUAAUGAAAGUUUCAGCUUUGAUGUCCCCUUUGAACAGAUACAGAAAGUGCAGGUCGUCAUCACUGUGUUUGAUUAUGAUAAACUUGGGAGCAAUGACCCCAUUGGAAAGACCUUCAUGGGUUAUGGAGCUACAGGAGUUGGCCUGCGCCAUUGGUCGGACAUGCUCGCCAAUCCCAGACGUCCAGUAGCCCAGUGGCACACCCUGCUGCCAGAAGAAGAAGUUGACGCAGCACUUAAAGCAAAACCUCGUUAGUGUGUCACCUUGUUGGAGUUUCAGUUACUGUUGAUACAUCACUUGUUGUUAAUCCUGAUGUUUUCUCAACCUGCAUGUUGUAUAAUCCAUUUGUCUCUUUAAAGAAACUUUAAUGUGUUUGUGUGUGUUUCUGUGAGGGAGGAGUGUGUGAUGUACAGACAAAUUUUGAUAUUUGGUUGUCAAUAAAACCAUGGCUCCCUCACUUACCUUACACUGUAAACCAGUAUGACUUUGUUUAUACUUGUACACACUUAUAUGUAGAUGUGCAUUUCUUUGUGUGUAUGCCCAUGCAUGGGCCUAGUAAAAUUUGUAUGCAUAAAGGAAAGUUUCCAAAAUUACUCUGUGUGCAUCUCAUAGUGUGUACACUUUUCUGCUUAUUGUGUAGCACUGUGGUGCAACAGAGUCCUGAAUAAUGCUAGUUGUUACGCUCUGGAUCAUUUCGAAUGCAAAUAAAACCGCUAUGGACCGUUUCACAUCAAUGUCUUCUCACUUGUACAUUGUGGGUUCUGUCGGAUGGUAUUAGUUAGGUGUGCUGUUUAACUGUGAGAAACGACUGAAGAAAACUGUAGGAGCUGUGGAAAUCAAAGAGAAUCAUAUAUGUAUAAUACAAU